UCAUAUCGGGUAAUCCUUAACCGUGACGUUAUCAACACGUGACAAUCCUCUCUCUUUCCUUUUUGCUGUGGCGAACUCUGAGAUAUCUAGAGUAAUAAAAACAAGGAGCAACGAUGGGUAAGGAAAAGACUCACAUCAACAUUGUCGUCAUUGGUCAUGUCGACUCUGGAAAAUCAACUUCCACUGGCCAUCUCAUUUACAAAUGUGGUGGUAUUGACCAGAGAACCAUCCAAAAGUUCGAGAAGGAAGCUGCUGAGAUGGGAAAGGGUUCUUUCAAAUACGCCUGGGUGUUGGACAAACUGAAGGCAGAGCGUGAACGUGGUAUCACCAUUGACAUUGCUCUGUGGAAGUUCGAAACCACCAAGUACCAUGUCACCAUUAUUGAUGCUCCCGGCCACAGAGAUUUCAUCAAGAACAUGAUUACAGGAACUUCACAGGCUGACUGUGCUGUGUUGAUCAUUGCUGCUGGUACUGGUGAAUUUGAAGCUGGUAUCUCUGCUAACGGACAAACCCGUGAACACGCCUUGUUGGCUUUCACUUUGGGAGUAAAGCAGCUCAUCAUUGGUGUCAACAAAAUGGACAGCACUGAACCACCAUACAGUGAGGCUCGAUUCAACGAAAUCAAGGGUGAAGUAGAGAAGUACAUCAAGAAGAUUGGAUACAACCCCAAGGCUGUCCCCUUCGUCCCCAUCUCUGGAUGGCACGGAGAUAACAUGAUUGAGGCUUCCACAAAGAUGGAAUGGUUCAAGGGAUGGGCCAUUGAGAGGAAAGAGGGAAAUGCCAGCGGAAAGACCCUUUUGGAAGCUUUGGAUUCUAUCCUGCCACCAAAGAGACCAACUGACUUACCUCUUCGUCUUCCACUUCAGGAUGUCUACAAGAUUGGAGGUAUUGGAACAGUGCCAGUUGGUAGAGUGGAAACUGGUAUUAUCAAACCAGGUAUGGUUGUCACCUUUGCUCCACCCAACAUCACCACUGAGGUAAAAUCUGUGGAAAUGCACCACGAAUCUCUCCCAGAGGCUGUUCCUGGUGACAAUGUUGGCUUCAACAUCAAGAACGUGUCCGUAAAGGAAAUCCGUCGUGGAAACGUCUGUGGAGACAGCAAAAAUGAUCCACCAAAGGGCGCCAAGAACUUCCUUGCCCAGGUCAUCAUCUUGAACCACCCUGGUGAGAUCAAGAAUGGAUAUGCGCCUGUCCUUGAUUGCCACACUGCUCACAUUGCCUGCAAGUUUGUUGAAAUCAAAGAGAAAUGCGAUCGUCGUAGUGGAAAAGUCUUGGAAGAGGCACCAAAAUGCAUCAAGAACGGAGAUGCUGGUAUGGUCCUCAUGGUUCCCAGCAAGCCUAUGUGUGUUGAAGCUUUCUCUAAAUAUGCACCCCUGGGACGUUUUGCUGUCCGUGACAUGAGGCAGACCGUGGCUGUUGGUGUCAUCAAGGAGGUUGAGAAGGCUGAGCCAUCACAGGGCAAAGUCACCAAGGCUGCACAGAAAGCCGGUGGAAAGAAGUGAAAGUUACUGAACAUAGGAACUCUACAAUCCCAUCAGCUUCUAUCUUGUUUUGAUUUAAAGAGAAUAAAUGACAACGUGCCACUAUUUUAUUUUGUAAGACCACAGCAGGUCAUUUAUUGGACGAUUUGGAACAAUAUACAUCGCAAAGAAAUACGUCGGAAAGAACCGAUUGGAUGUAGUAACAACUCUAAUUAUGUCAAAUAAAAAUGGUCAUUUU